AUGUCAGGAGAAAACAACCUCCAAACCCUGCUAGCAACAAUGCAACCAAGCCUAGACUCAACAAUCUACGUCUUCCUCACAACCAAAGAACCACUCCACACACUCCCCCUAUCAACCCUCGAACCCCAACUUCUCGUUAAAGAAGAAGAAGGCACAACAAUAGUGACAACAGAGUCCCUGGCCAGAUCCCACGGCUUCACUGAACCAACCUUCCCCUGCAAGAAGAUCACCCUCACCAUCCACUCCAGCCUGGAAGCGGUCGGACUCAUCGCUGCAAUCAGCAAUCGGCUCAAGGAUCAUGGGAUCAGCGCUAACGUCGUGAGUGGAUAUUUCCAUGAUCACAUCUAUGUUCCUGUUGCCAGGGCCGAGGAUGCGAUGCGAGCUUUAGCCGAGUUUGCCGGGGAGUGCAGAAAGUGA